GAUCUCCAUUCUUUUCACUGGCUAGUCCAAUACAACAACGGAGUAAUACACCAACUUCCUCUGCCUGCUCAAUACCUUUCCAAGAAACUUCUUUCAAGAUUAAGGUUAAGAGUUCAUCUUCUGAACUCCUCGCACAGAUUUUGAUCUCAAGGAAGAGUUCCACCUGCCUGAUCUGCAUUCAUAUUUCUCGUCUUACACACUGAUCGUCUCUUUGUCCAUUAAUUUCUUUGGUACUUUUCAAAAUGGCUUCUACUUCAUCUUCCAUCAUCCCCUCUAAAAUCACCUAUGAUGUUUUCCUUAGUUUUAGAGGCAGUGAUACUCGCUCAAAUUUUACCAGUCAUAUUUAUGCUGCGUUGUGUCGGAAACAUAUCACAACAUUCAUUGAUGAUAAUAGUCUUGAUAGAGGAGAAGAAAUCAAAGAAACCCUUCUCAAAGCGAUUGAAGAAUCCAAGAUUUAUGUAAUAAUUUUCUCGGAAAAUUAUGCUUCCUCUCACUGGUGCCUGGACGAACUCGUCAAGAUAAUGGAAUGCAUGAAAACAAUGGGGCGAAAGGUUUUGCCCGUUUUCUACCAUGUAGAUCCUUCUGACGUUAGAAAGCAAACUGGAAAACUUGGAGAAGCAUUUGGGAAAGUUAAACAGCAAUUCAAGGAGAGCAUAGACAGGGUGGAGAGGUGGAGCACUGCUCUGACUGAAGCAGCCAAUCUAUCUGGAUGGGAUUCAAGCAAUUAUAGGCUUGAAUCAGAAUUAAGUGAAAGAAUUGUCAACCAAAUUGCAAAGAAAUUGUAUCCUAUCUUCUUUAGCACUUCCACUGAUUUGGUAGGGAUUGAUUCACACAUUGAGCAAAUUCUAUCAUUGUUAAGCAUUGGGGCGGUUGAUGUUCGUUUUGUUGGAAUUUGGGGAAUGGGUGGUAUAGGCAAGACAACCAUUGCUGAAGCUCUUAUUUGUCAAAUAUUUGAUCAAUUUGAUGAUUUUUGCUUUUUAAGAAAUAUUAGGGAGAAAUCAAAAAAGCACGAAUUGGUUCAUUUAAGAAAAUGUCUUUUUUCUGAACUUUUACAAGAUGAAAAUCUAAGCAUAGAAAUGCUCCAUGUAAUUCCCACUUUUGCUAUGGAGAGGCUCAGAAGAAAGAGGGUUGUUGUUGUUCUUGAUGAUGUCAAUGAUUCAGAUCAAUUAACUGCUUUAGUUGGAAAUCAUGGAUGGUUUGGCCCAGGAAGUAGAGUCAUUAUAACUAGUAGAGAUAAAGAAGUGCUUAAUGGUAAGGUUGAUGAAAUAUACAAGGUUGAGGGACUAAGGCAUAGUGAAGCUUGUCAACUAUUUAGUUUGAAAGCCUUCAAACAAAAGUAUCCUCCGAAGGAUUUUAUGGAGUUGUCAGAAAGGGUGGUAGAUUAUACCAAAGGUCUUCCAUUGGCUCUUCAUGUGUUGGGUUCCCAUCUAUGUGGAAGGUUUCCAGCAGAAUGGAAAAGUGCAUUGAGCAAAUUAAAUCAAUUUCCUGACUCCAAUAUUCAAAAAAUCUUAAAAAUCAGUUAUGAUGAGCUAGAUCCAGUGGAAAAGGAUAUAUUUCUCGAUAUUGCAUGUUUCUUCAAGGGAAAUGAAAGAAAUUGGGUAGAAGACAUACUAAAUGGCUGUGGUUUUCCUGCUAGCUGGGGAAUACUUCGACUACUGGAUAAAUGCCUCAUAACUAUUGUGGAUGACAUAUUAGAGAUGCAUGAUUUGAUACAGGAAAUGGGUCAAAACAUUGCUCGGCGUAAAGGUAGAAGAUUGUGGAAUUCCAAAGACAUCUUUCAUAUGUUGUCAACUAAAAUGGGAAUGAAAAAAGUUGAAGGCAUUUUCUUGGACAUGUCUGAAUUAGGAAAGAUACACUUGGGUCAUGUAGCCUUUCCACAGAUGCAUAACUUAAGAUUGCUCAAAUGUUAUAGGCCUCAGAAUUGGUCAGAAAACAAAAUUAUAGGCUCUACAUCUGAAUCUAGUGAACCAAGUCAUCUUCUGCAUCUCUCCAAUAAGUUGAGUUUACUUCAUUGGGAUGAAUACCCUUACAAAUCUUUACCAUCUAAUUUUUUAAUGGAGAACCUUGUUGAAAUCAACGUGCAAGGCAGCAAAUUUGAACAGACAUAUGUCAACGUGCAGUGUCCUCAACAAUUAAAACGGCUCAAUCUUUCUGAAUCCGUGCACCUGAGGAGGCUCCCAAAUCUCUCUUCAGCAACUGAGCUGGAGUGGAUAAGUCUGCAGGGAUGUGAGAGUUUGCUUGAGAUUCCUAUGUCGAUUCAAUGCCUGCAAAAACUUGUUUGUCUUGAUCUACAAGGGUGCAAGAAGCUGAGGAGUCUUCCAAACCUUGUCCAGUUGAAAUCUCUUAAAGAGCUUUCACUCUCUUAUUGCUCAAAUUUGAAGAUGCUUCCUGAGAUUCCAAUUGGCAUAGAAGAGUUGGAACUGGAGGAUUGUGGAUUGGAAGGGCUGCCCUCAUCUGUUCCAUUUCUGGAAGAUAUUUAUAUUUUAAAGUUGAGGAAUUGCGAAAACCUUUUAAGUCUUCCUAGUAGUUUUCAUUUGAAAAAUGUUGAUGCACUUGAUCUCAGUGGUUGCUCGAAUCUCACCAAGUUACCAGAGAUUAUAGGAGAUUUAAAAGUAUUACUGCUAAACAAGACUGCAAUAGAAGAAUUGCCCUCAUCAAUAAGAUCAUUUUCUUCUCUUGUUGUGUUGAAUAUGAAGGGAUGUGAAAGUCUCAAGAACCUUCCAAGCUGCAUUUGUGACAUGAAAUUCCUUCAAAUGCUUAUUCUUAGUGGGUGCUCAAAACUUGGGAAGUUGCCUCCUUUAUAUGGUUUGUGCUCUUUAAGAGAGCUAUAUGUUGAUGGCACUGCACUUGUAGAAAUCCCCAUUGACAUUUACGCUGCAGAAUGCCUUCACAGACUUGUUCUUAGUGGGUGCUCAAAACUUGCAAAAUUGCGGCCUCUACAUGAUUUUUCCCAUUUAACGUUGUCAUAUCUUGAUGGCACUGUACUUAUAGAAAUCCUCAUUAAGAGAUUGAAUGGUAGAAGAUCGACUAUUGUAAUGUACCACAAGAGACUCCAUGCAUUGCCGUUAAAUUGUACACUAAUGGACACUGCAGGAUCAUACAUUGUCCCCAUUGCAGAAUGUGAAGAACUCAGCGGGUCAUAUAAUGUGUACAACUAUUGUAAUAGCGUAAAUUGGGAUCAGAAUGCACGUGGUGACAUUAUGGUAGAUGCACUACUGAGAAUGAAAGAAAUAAGCAUUACGAGCUAUGUAAGCCUCUCCUUUCCUCUCUUUUUCCUCUUUCUAAUUUUACUUUUGCACCAAAUAUUUCUUUUAAUUUCUUUUCUUUUUUUUAUUUUUUUAUUUUUUAUUUUUUAUCCCUCUUUAACACACGGACAGACAGAUGCUCAUGUAAUUGUUGGUCUACCCGGAAGUGAAAUUCCAGAGUGCUUCAACUAUCAAAGCCCAGGAUCUUCAAUGGAUGUUCUGUUCCCUCAAUGUUGCUUUAAUUCUUUGUUCUUGGGUUUUGCUUUUUGUGUUGUUCUAGAUUUUGAGGUUCCUGUUGUUCCCAAGGAAGGUGAUUGUUUCUACUUUGCAUGUGAAUGCCGUUUCAAAAUUCCUAUGAGAGAAACAUAUGACAAUGAAAGGUCUGGCAGGUUUUUGUCUUCACUCAACCUUUUUGAGGUGGUCUUUGAAUCAGACCACCUGUUUCUUUUCUACUACAAGCCAAGUUAUUUUUGUAAUCUAAAUCAUAGGCUCAUGCAAAGUUGUUGCAAUGUCAUGGAAGCGUCAGUUGUGUUCAAAUCAGAAUUCAAAUAUUCUCAGUUGAAGGUGAAAAUGUGUGGGAUCCAACUAUUGUAUUCCAAAGAUGUGCUGCACAAAUGCAAUGCAAGCAUAAAACAAAGCAAGUUCUCAUCACGAUAUGGAGCAACCAGGCCCGAGUUCCUACAAGUGAUGGAAACCGACGCCAACAAGAAGAGAAGCAGGGAAAACUCCUUCCCCUUGGAUUGCAUUACCAUCAUUGCAGAUGGAAAAUCUGAUUAUGAGGAAGAAGAACAACCACACCCUAAAAGAGUAAAGUGAACACUUGCACCAAAGUGAUUGUGGUGCUUUCAAUGGCAUUAGCCACACGUUGCGUCAAGUAUAGAUAAGAUACGAAACUAGCUUUAUAAAUUGUAAGGCUAUGUUUGGAUGUGAGUCAUGUUGACAUUUUUCUGAAGUACAUAAUUCAACAUUUUGUGAUUUGAACCUAUGAUCUUAGUUUGCAAAGUAUUCAAUUUGCAUAUUCAUUACAUAUA